GGAAAUGCUGCAAAAUCUGAAGAGCACUUGAAGGCAUCACAGAGAGGAAGAGUCGCCAUGCUGCUGUUGUCAUAUCUCCGUGAGGACGGUGAAGCCUUCAGUCUACUCUUCAGCUCAGAGACCCAGAAUGGCGACAAGUCGAGUGGCCAUCCAGUUAGCAGAUCAGCUGUUGGCUCUGCUUAAGGAAAGCACCAAAGUAAAAGAGCCAGAUUACCUGAAAGAUUACCUGAAAUGGGUUUCAGACUUUGUGUUCAAGAACAGACACAAGACCAUCGCCUUAAAGAAUCCAGCUGGUGCCAGGUUGAAGAUAGGAGGCCUGGAAGACACCGUUUACAAAGGGAAUGUUGGCAAGUUGAAUGGGUGGGGGAAAUUCUACCUUCCUAAGAUAGUAAAGAUGGAGGUUCUAGGAGUAGUGGAGGGGACGUCGUGCCCGUGUGAUCAGCUGGUCCUGAUGACCUGUGAGAACAGAAAGCUGUAUGCCUUCGAUGGAGAGGAAGAGGAGCUGCACAUGGUGGCUGAGAGCCUGGAGAAGCUCAGUGAGAAGGGACUGAUGUAUCCGUCAUCACAGAGCUACUACAAAGGAGAGGCCUUCAAAGAUAUGACCGAGAAGGACUGGGAUAAAGUGAGGAAGGGUGCUGUGGGAAAGAAGCUGGAAGCAGAUCAUCUUAAACUGGUGACAGCAAACAAGUCCAAACUCCUGGAGAAACUCAAAUCAGCCAAAGCUGCUGCCUGAGCUGUUUCACUAUUUGUUAGGAGGAAAAUAAAAAGGUGUGAGGGUUCAGGUACCCUGUACAUUUGAUCUUUGGUCUAUAUCUUUACUAUCCAUGAAAAAAAUGUUAAAGAAAUGUGUCUGGGAGCGUGUGCCCGAUGUUUAAUAAAAGGCUUAGUCCUUCCCGUCUUUACUGAAUGUCAUCCACCCCAGCCAACUUGAAGCCUUAAACAACAAUAAAUGACAUAAGUGUUUGUGAAAGCUGCAGGGAGCCUGUGGAGAGGGCUGAAGGCUGCAGACUCCUGGUCUACAUGCACCAGGUUGUUUUAGGGUUCUUUUGUUCAUUAAGUAAGUUAAAGCUUUUUGUUUCAGAGAGAUUAUUCAGGCCAGAUUUAUUAUAUUGUUUCCUUUGUGUGUCCAAUCCUCCUCCACAUUAUGAAAAUCUUUCUGUUUGCAAGAUGAACUAUUAAUAAAACAUUUUAUUCUCA